GUCACUUCCUUCUCUUGCGACCUUCAGAACAUGUCUAAAGAAGCGCGGUUUCCUGCCUAUUAGAAUUCAGCGUGAAUCUAUGAUGCGCCAGUCUGUGCAGCUGAACCUAUGAACAGUAGAAAGCGUCAGAAUGCUGGGGAGCUUGUGCAAGGUGCCGGUGCUAAGGUCAAGACAGUUUGCAGCAGUUGUGAAUGUCAAGUCAAUACAUUUCAAAGGCAGUCCGAAUUAUAAUGAGGAGAGUGAGAAUUCCAAGCCCCUGAAGUUCUCUACCAGCAAAGCCAGCCCCCACCAUUGGACUGUUGCUAAAUCCUUAGGAAGUAAUCAAGAGAAACCUUGGUGGAAAGUCAUUCCUUUAAGUGUGCUUUUAACCACCGUUCUGCUUUGGGCAGUCUUCAGGCAAGAGACAGACGUUGACGAAUCAAUAUAUAAACCCAUUGAACAGCUCCAAGAUGAAAGUGAUAAUAAAUGAAAUGGAAAGAAGGGACUGUGUAAAUACAGAGAUCUAGAUUAUAUACAAAGUAUCACUUUGUUUCAUACGUUUUGGUUCUUUGCUUUACAAGCUGCCAGUAUAUUUAUGUUUAUUUACAAUGUAUAAUUCUAUAACGGUUAUCGGAUCGUUUACCCGGAAACCAAUAUUCUGAAAAAGGCUGGUAGUUAAGAGUGACUUGAUCAUUUCAAGUAACAGGACAGAAUGUUUACUUCAUUAUAACAAGAAAGUUUCUUAUUUCAGUAUGGUGCUUAUACAG